CCUGCAUUUAAUGCCAAAAUCUAAUGAUGAGAGUCUCUGCCGCCAUUGGAAAUUAAACACCGUUCCCUUGUCUCUUUCCUGCUCACAGAACCCUGAUCCUUCCUUCAUUCCCUUGUUCUCAGAGCAACGCUUUCAUCCCCCCCUCCUCUUCCUCUUUUCUUCUCAGCACCCGCGCGUUCUUCAUUUUUCUCGAGUUUUUUUUGUUGUUGUUGUCAAUGGCGGUCUAAACCCUAACGCUCCUCUCUACGUCAGCUUAGUUCAUAACUAUGGCCUUCAUCUUCCUGUUUACUCCUUCAACUAUUUUCACGAAUACCCCCUUUACCCUUCAAACAAAUCAUGGUGGCUUUCUCGAGUCACUUAUCUACAGCACCCUCCUCUUCCUCCUCCUCCUCCUCCUCCCACUCGCUGUCAAUAUUAUCAGCAUGUCAAUGAGAUGCAAGAAAAAGAUGCUCGCACUGUUAAUGUUAAUGUAAUUAACGUUAAGAGUAAGGAGAUCAAGGCUAAAGGGAAGAGAAGCAGGCAAUCCAAAGGCACGAAGGUGAAAGCAGCAGCAGCAGCAGCAAAAGAGCCUGAGAAAGAUAUUCAAGAAGCCGGAGUUCUCCUCUCCAAAAAAACCACCACCCUAAUGAUCAGAAAUCUCCCCAACAAGUUUGACCAAGAGAAGGUCCUAGAUUUGCUUGAUGAGCUGUAUCUACCGAUUGAUUUCAGGUUCUAA